ACUGCGGCACAGACUGAAGCAGCUGACAGAGGAGAACGCAAAAAUCAAAGAAAAGGAGGCAGACUGGAGACGCAGGACAGAGGCAGCGGAGGAGCAGAGCAAAAAGGCCAGCGGGGAGGCGCAGCAGGCAGAGCAGGAGCGCAGGAUGGCGGACAGAGAGAGGGAAGAACGCUUCAGCGAGUGCCUCAGCUGGCGGGAAAAGCACCAGGCCCUGUCAGACGUGCUCAGGGCGCAGGAGGACCUCAAAUCCCAGAGGCAGAACAAAGCGUGUCAAGCAAACAUAAAGAGUUACUUCCUCUGCAUGACAGAAAGUGACCAGAAGGUUAAGAUCUUGAAAAACCAAGAUGGAACACCAAGAAACUUCACAGAGGGAGACCCUGUAUACAUUUCCACCGUUGAAGUGGACGGUGAGGAUUCAGACAGGGUUUCAGGAAGGACUAUACUAAGGGUAGCAGCCCCUAAAGUGGGAAGAGACACAGGACCCACGCACUUCAGUGAACUGAGAGCACAUCCUCCAGACAACAGCCCCGCGAGAAGAAGCCGCAAGGUAGUGGAAUACUUCUGGAUCCCCACUGACGACGAAUAACCACAGACAAACUUCCGUGUUCUCCUUGGCAGUGAGACUUUGAAGUAAAAGUGAUUUGCAGCACACUAGAUGGUUAUAUGACAGUGUUCAAACUUAUGAGAAUUUUAUUUUAAAGCCACCUGUAGCAGAUGACGUAACUGGUCUAACCUACAGCAUACAAACUGAUGGCACUUUUGAUUUCACAUCUCUAUUCACUUCUUCAUACAAAACCGUAUAGUUACACAGACAGCCAUCAUAAAGACCAUCACACAUGCAGACCUGUAAUGAAGAGGAGAACAUUUUUUGGUAAUUGUGUUUACCUUUACUGAGCUGACAGUGGUGCGAGAUACAAAGCUCUACAACAGCCUACACAUGACAUGACAUGACUGAGCCCUUUACAUUCAAGCAGACCGACAGGCACCAACCACCUUGGAGAAUAUAAUGGAGUUGACAUCCUUGCAAAUAAAUUUAAAACACUUGUCAAUAAGAGGUAAUCUCUGCAUUGCUUUCUGACAAGGGCAAAAGCCUUUUACUUUCUCUGACUACUGACGAGCAGCGGAGGGAGGAUAUUCUUUUAUGCAUUCAUUAAAUAACUUCAUCCCCUUGGUUGGUUACUAAAAUGAAAGCGUUCACUUUGUUGGCUUUUCAGGUUUAGCAGAAGCAGACUCAUGGGGCCCCAGAGGGCCACAUUACAACUGCUGUCACUAUGCAGUCAUACAGGUGAUGAGUAGCGUCUUUGGCUGCCACGGCCACGUUCCUGUUCCUUCGUUUCCGUCAAUCAAAAGUUAAUUGCAAAAACCGUGUUAUUCGCUAAAGGUGUCAAACAAGAUUAUUCUAAAUGACAGCAGUAUUGUCAAGAUCUUAGACUUUUGACAUUAAUGUGAUUAAAAACCUCUUUACAACAAAAAAGCCAUUCAGUUUGUAGAAAGACAACUGCUAAAAUUUUACAGCAAAGGAACAAAAACAAAACAA